AUGACUGCAGCCGCUGUCACAGUUAAAAGCGUCAGAUUGAAGAUGAAGAUGGAGAUAUUUAACAGUUGUAAAAAUUCUGCUUUUGCUGCUGUUUCUCCUGCUUCUUCUGUGCUUUCAAUGAUUGUGACAGAGAUGAUGCCAAAGCAGUACAGAGUCAAAGUUAUAAAUCUUCAAAUAUUGAUGGAUUUUAUCUGUACUGAGAAGGUUUCCAAAGCUCAUCUGAAGAAGAAGGCAAAGAUGCCGGUGUUAGAGACUUCAUCAAUGAAGAAGAAGUUUAAUGAGAGUGAGGUGGUGGAAGAAUGA